ACUAGGCUUCAUCCUGUCAAGCCCACAUCAUAAAAUGUGAGGGUACCGGUCCUCGUAUGCGUGAUCCCCCUUUUUCGCAACGCCAUGGUCAAGUCCAAGGAGGACGUCAUCGCGCAGUUCAACGAGCAUGUCAACAUGACGGCCGAUGAGCUGCAGGAGUGGCUGGACGAUCCGAAGAGCGAGAAGGCAGGCACUGGCGUCGGUAUCGAGAGCGGGCAUAAGAUCAUCGAGAUCCUGAAGAAGAACCCGGACAAGGACCCAGAAAAAUACGAUGAGGUGAAGACGUUCUGGUCCGAUUGGUGGGAUUGGGAUUUAUUGACGAGAACGGAACCCAGGGGGAUAUCGAGCAUAUGAGGAAGGUCGUAGGGUAUGUUACGACGGAUUAUUGAGUGGUAUUUUGGCGUGGUUACGAUCUACAUUUGGCGUGCAGAUAUCUCGGCAGACACCUUGCGCAAGAGGGUCAUUUGAAGGAGACGAAGACGAAGGAAGAGCUAGAGAACACAAAGAGCACGAUCAGGUAGUGAUACUCCUAUACUGCGCUCACCAUUUUGCUGACGUAGACCACUAUCAGCUUAAAGAAUUGGGCCCAUGUGAGUCCAUCGUGCACUGCUACGGUCAUUGCAGGCAAUCAUGUCGUGCGUCGCUGACCGCUCUCGACAGGACCC